GGUUGUUGCCGGAAACGAACCUGGGUCUGUGACUCCCGGAAGUUAAGCGCCUACGGCAGUGCGGCCCUGGCAGCUUCCGUGGCCGCUUUUGUCUGGAGGUUCCAGGCGAUCUACUGAGAUGGCGAGCGCAGCUGCACCUACAGCCGCAGUCCCCACCCUAGCUCCGCCUUUGGAGCAGAUCCGGCACUUGGCAGUGGAGCUGCGGUUACUCCUGCCUGGAGUGCGGGUCGGAGAAGCCCGAGAGACCACCAAGGAGUUUAAUCCUGAGACGUUUUGGAGGAGACUCAACGCGGCAGCUGUGAACGUGUCAAGGGAAGCCACGACUCUGACUGAAGUCUUCUCUCGAGUGCCACUGCCCUCUCCACAGGAAACCCAGAGGUUCUGUGAACAAGUGCGUGCUGCCAUCACGGCAGUCAUUGCAGUAUACUAUUCACUUCCCAAGGAUCAGGGAAUCACCCUGAGAAAGCUGGUACGGAAUGCUACUCUGGACAUCGUAGAUGGAAUGGCUCAGCUUGUGGAUGUGCUUUUCAUUACUCCAGCUCAGAGGCUGUGGAAGAAUGUGACCCAUACUGUGGCCUCUUAAAUGACACUGAGGACAAUCCUGACAACUAUGGUGAUGAAGAGGAUGAUGGGUUGGGGUGUCCAAACAAUCGGGACUUAUAUUGGUCAG